GUAUGCUGGGCGCUCUCCUCCGGUGACUCCACUCUCUAUAUUGUUCAACAGGAAACGAGGGAGCGAGCAAGUGAGAAAGAGAGGGAGGAAGCCAGCCAGCCAGCCCGCCAGCCCUCGGUCGACAAGUCCAGGCCCCACCCUCAGCAUUCAGAGAUUCCCUCAACUUCAGAUUGAUCUGCUCAAAAGCUGGAAACCUGACUUGCUUUGGAGCCUGUAAGCUCUGAAACUCCUCUCAGCCCACCUCAUGGGUCCCCAAAGUGUCCAGGCCUUUUCAAGGUAGCGAAGCUGUUGGAGAGGCCCAAGAGCCCAGGCUGGGGUCAGGAUGGAGACUGCGGAUGGCACGGGGGACGAAUACGUGUUGGUGGAGCAUGCCUUCGAGUACACCGGGAAGGAUGGACGCCGCAUCUGCAUUCAGCCCAAUGAGCGCUACCAGUUGCUGCGACGGAGCACGGAGCAUUGGUGGCAUGUGAGGCGGGAGCCUGGCAGCCGUCCCUUCUACUUGCCCGCGCAGUACGUGAGGGAGCUGCCGCGGCUCAGCUCCCCCAACGACCUGGCCUCCCCGCAAAUGCCCUUGCCGGCCGCCGCCCCGGCCACCUGCGCCCCGGAGCCUCUCACUUACGAUUACAAAUUCGUGAGCAUCCCCGCAGAGACCGCGUCCGCCCCAUCGGGUGGCGACGCCGGGAGCCCCUCGGAGCACACGGCUGGCGCCCUGGGCCGCUUCAGCUCCUUCCACAGCCCCGGACGGCGCCGCGAUGCCGGCAAGCGGAGCAGUCUGGCCCCCGGCCUCCCCACCACCCUCUACCUCCGACCCGCAGCCCCAAUCAGGUCGGCACAGUCCUUAGACGACCUGGCUCGGACCGCAGUCGUGCCCCUCUCUGGACUCCUGGGGAGCUCGGGGUCCUACAAGGCUUGCAGCGUGGCGGGCUCCUGGGUCUGCCCCCGGCCCCUGGCCCAGAGCCGGCCUCUUCCCCAGAGCCAGAGCGACUCGGAGAAUAUCUAUGAGUCCAUCCAAGACGUGCGAGGCGAGCUUCCCAAAGAGAAGGUAGAGAGUUCUCAGGACCCUGUGUAUGUGAAUGUGGAGAGGCAGCAGCGAAUUCCUGCUCUGGCUCCAGCCCCUGCCUCAGCCUCUGCCCCUGUCCCAACCCCUACCUCCACCAGCCCAGUGUGGGAGACUCAUAGAGACUCGGGUAGUGGACGGCCCUACUAUUAUAAUCCAAGCACUGGGGAAACCACUUGGGAAUCUCCCUUUGGACCCACUGAAUCUGCAUCUAGCCCAGCUACCUCUUUAUCAUCCCCUCUGGGCAGCCCGGGGGACCCUGAAGCUGAGUGGGAUCAGUACUGGGAUGAAGAGAGCCAAAGAGUGUUCUUCUACAACCCGGUGACUGGCGAGACUGUAUGGGAGGAGUCCACCAGCCCUGAGAUGCAAACGGAACUUGCCCCCUGUAGCCCCAUGGACCAAAGGCCACCCACACCAGAGGCAGAUUAUCCGGAGGAGCUGACGUGCUACCCAGAGGAAGACUACUCUCCCGGGAGCUCUUACACUGACCCCAGCCCGGCCUCCCCAUCCCCAGGGCAAACAAGCGACCCCUACACACCCCCUGGCUGGUCCUGCCACAUCACCCCCGAUGGUCAUUUGCUCUAUAUCAACCUUUAUACACAGGAGCAGUGGAUGAGGUCGGAGGACGAGCAGGGGAAGCCGUACUUCUACAACCCCAGUGACAGCACCACCCAGUGGGAGCUCCCCCAGGUCCCUGUCACAGGCCAGCGUCACCAAAGCAGCAGCAGCAAGUCCAGCCACAACAGUGAUUCCCUGGCACUGGUCAGCCCUCCAGAGGAGAAAUCUAAGACUCUGGAUAAAGCUGGCGUCCUUCACCGCACCAAGACAGUGGACAAAGGGAAACGUCUACGUAAGAAGAACUGGAGCCCCUCUUGGACUGUGUUAGAAGGCGGGAUUCUGACCUUCUUCAAGGAAUCAAAGGCCUCAAUUGCUGGCAGCCUGAGACAGCCAUCCACCUUAUCUACUCCAGAGUACACCGUAGACCUCCGAGGAGCUACCCUCAGUUGGGCCACCAAGGACAAGUCCAGCAAGAAGAACGUGUUAGAGCUCCGGAGCCGAGAUGGCUCUGAGUACCUGAUUCAGCAUGACUCAGAGGCCAUUAUUGGGACAUGGUACAAGGCGAUCAGUCAGGGCAUCCAGGAGCAGUCCAUGGACGCCUACCCUGAGACUGACAGUGAAAACAGUGCUGAUUUUGGGUCCAGUGAGCGGCUAGGAGGUGGAAGGGAGAAAGAAGAGGAAAAGAAGCACACUAUGAGUCCCGUGGGUCCUGAGAAUGACUCCAGCAAGGUUCGGCACAAACUCCGAAAAUUCUUAUUGAGGAGGCCAACGCUGCAAUCCCUACGGGAUAAGGGUUACAUCAAAGACCAGGUUUUUGGCUGUGCAUUGUCAACGUUAUGUGAGCGAGAGAACAACUCCAUUCCCCGCUUCGUGCAGCAGUGUAUCCAGACGGUGGAGUCUCGGGGGUUGGACAUCGAUGGACUAUAUCGCAUCAGUGGGAAUCUGGCCACCAUCCAGAAACUACGUUACAGGGUGGACCACGAUGAACGGCUAGACCUGGACGACGGACGAUGGGAAGAUGUCCAUGUCAUUACCGGAGCAUUGAAGCUCUUCUUCCGGGAGCUGCCGGAGCCCCUCUUCCCCUUCUCUCACUUCCGCCAGUUCAUCGCAGCCAUCAAACUCCAGGACCAGGCCCAGCGGAGCUGCUGCAUCCGGGACCUGGUGCAUUCCCUUCCCGCCCCCAACCAGAACACCAUGCGUCUCCUCUUCCAGCACCUCUGCAGGGUGAUCGAGCACAAAGAAAAGAACCGCAUGUCCGUACAGAGCGUGGCUAUCGUCUUUGGGCCCACGCUGCUGCGGCCGGAGCUUGAGGAGGGCAACAUGCCCAUGACGAUGGUAUUUCAGAACCAGGUGGUCGAGCUGAUCCUCCAGCAGUGCAGAGACAUCUUUCCCCCGUGUUGACCCAGCCCUGCCGGAGGCCAGGAUGCACCUGGACUGUGGAAUGUUGAUAACAAUAGGGCGGAGGGUAGAGGAAGGGAGGGGGAGGAGGGACGAUUUUAACCAAUAAACUGAGAGAGUUUCCUUUGUGCUGGGGUGGUUGUCCGGUCUCUAGCAGGUCUUAGGCACCCAGCCGUUUGGUAGGAAGGGAGGAGAGAGCCUGCAUCACCCUCUCCUUCCCCAGGUCCCCCCUCCCCCUCAGUCCCCUAGAGCAGAAGGCUUGCAAUCAUGGGCUUUAGAGCUGGAAGGGACCUUUGAUAAUCAUCUUGUCCAGCCCCAGCACUUUAUGGAUAGGGAAAGAGGUCACAUGAGGCCAAUGGGUGAACCCCUAUUGAGUGACCUGCCCAAGAUCACUUAGGUCGUGGUGUAGAGAGAGGUGAGGGGAACAUUAGGAGACAAGACCAGAAACAGAGAGGGGGAGUCAGACUACGGAGAGCCCUGAACGCCAGGGGAAAAAAAGGAGUUUGCGUGUUAUUUGGCUGGUAGUAGGGGGCCACUAAUGAUUCUUGAGCAGAACCACAUAACCCACUGAAGAAGGGAGAUGGGUAGGUUUCCAGGUUAUUCUUCGAGCCCAAGGUGUUCCCAGGUGCUCUUGGUGGCCCUCUGAUCUCCAUGAGUUCAGGACCUCUCAGCCCACAUAGUUGUUAAAAGACACAGUCCGAGAAAUGAGUGAGCCUUCUGUGCCUCAGCCUGGCAUUGAGUUAAGACUGGCCAAACAAGAACAAAUAGAAAAUGCAACAGCUGUGGAAUGAGGCACCCUAAUUUUAAUCUUCAGGCCACUGACCUCCCAGUCUUUAUCUGUGAACUGCAUUAUUCAUUCUGUGUCCCCCAGUCCUUUUCCCCAAUACAAGCUAAUUCCUUGCCCUUGACUACCAUCAAAGAGACUCAGCCCUGGGAAGUCCAUAGUGACCCCUUGUGGCCAGUUUAGGUAAUAAAAAGCAUCACAACCCUUAUAUGACCAGCGGUUAGGGAGCUGUUUGCUCAGGAAAUGGAGUCUGUGAUUCUAACUGGCUAGAAGAUGACUGAAGUCUUAAGUCCUUGGAUUUGAAACUUUUUUGAUUGCUCAUUACUGUCAAUAAAAGUGAGAGAACACA